CUUCGUCUUCCCCUUCUCGCUGUGUUUGCUUGUCUGGAGCUUCGUGUGUCGAUCACAAUCCUCACAACCUUCUCUUUCGCACUGUUCAUUCUCAUCCUACUAUCUGCGAGCUGAAUUUCCUUAUCCCUUUCAACGAAUUCGAACAAAAGUAUCUCAAAUUCGUCAAUUCUUAAACUCUAGGGUGAUUUUGGAGCAUCAUCAAAUGCAUCUUCAAGCUCAAAUUCUCACCAAUCAGUUUGUACCUUCCAUUGUUCCUUUAAAAUCAACUUCGAAAUCCCCAUUCGCUCACCCAAAGGGAUGCCGUUUCCGUGAAGUUUCGUAUCGGGCUCUGAAAUGUUCUGUUGCGACGAUUUCCGAGUCGGCCCCGACGGAACUGCGGAAUGUGAAGCCGUUUCCGGCUGAGGUUUCGAGGACGAUCAUGGAAUUGUCUUCUGUUGGAACGCUUUCUUCUUUGAGCCAAGAGGGAUGGCCUCUUGGUGUUGGCGUUCGUUUCGCUGUUGACCAAGAUGGUACGCCUCUUUUGAGCUUGAAUGAAUCUUUGCCGGAGUUCUCUAUCGAUGGGAGGUCCAGCCUCCAUGUUCAGUUGGAGCAGUGUGGAUUGCGGACUCCUCAGUGUACAAUUCAAGGAAGUAUUGGCAAACCAGACAAUAAAAUGGCUUUGAAGCGGCUUCAUACUACAUGGAGAAAGAGAUUUGGAGAAGACAUUAACGAAGAUCUUCUAUAUAUUGUUGCUGUGGAGAGGGUACUUCAGAUAGAUGACUUUGGGGAGGUUGGUGUUUGGGUAAACUCUUCAGAUUAUAUAACUGCAAGCCCAGAUCCUCUUCGAAAUUGUGCUGAAAAGCUAGUGGACGACAUAAACACAAACAACUCCGAAGAUGUUAAUCGAUUUUGCAACAUAUAUGCUGAUUUGAACUUACAGGCUAGAGGAAAGGAAACCACGCCUAAUAGAACCAACGUCAUCUGUUCCACCCGUCCCCUCUAAUAGAGUUGACCCCCUCUUCAAUCACAUCAAACUGCAGCUCAGCAACUUCUGAUUUCUAUAAUUUUGCAUCUCAAUACAUUAGCUCUAUAUCUUGAAACCUGACAUUCUUAUAAGCUGAUAACUUUUUGUAUAAUAUGGAUACAAUCCGAACCUUGAAGUAAAACAAAUCAGACUUUAUAAAUCGACUUGCUCAGUUUUGUCGAAUAUCGUUUUCGAGGAAUCUUUAUUGGUGAAUGUUGAAAUGAUGGAGUAUAUGUUUGAAUCUACUGUGGGAUAGAACUUAGAAGUUGGAUUUGAACAUUGCUUCAUUUCUGAGGCGUAAAAGGGUUUUUAUGAUGUAUUAAAAACUUAAAAUGAUACAUUUAUUGAGACUCUUUUCGUGGUCA